AUGAAGACGGUGAGAACGGAUAGAAAAUAUUGGUCAAGCAAACUUGAUGAUGCGUUGUGGGCUUAUCGAACGGCUUACAAAACUCCACUUGAUACAACUCCGUAUCAAAUGGUGUAUGGAAAAGGGCAUCAUUUGCGUAUGGAGUUAGCACAUCGGGCAUAUUGGGCGUUUAAAACGGUAAAUGCAAACUAUGACGAAGCGGGUCGGGUGCGAAAGCUACAAUUAAAUGAGAUUGAGGAAAUACGGGAUCAAGCCUAUGAGUGUGCAUCCGCAUAUAAAGACAAACUGCAGAAAGUUCAUGAUGCAAAAAUAAGGAAAAAGAACUUCGAAGUGGGUCAAAAGGUGUGGUUGUAUAAUUCAAGGUUGAAGAUGUUCGCGGGAAAACUCAAAAGCAAGUGGAUGGGUCCUUACGUUGUCUGA